GAAGAACCCGAGACACCUUUCCCUCUUACCAUCAGGCCCAGCCAAAUCCCAGCCAUGUCUUCUCCUCUCACUCUUAAAGGCAAGACCGCCCUCGUCACAGGAGGCUCCCGCGGAAUCGGUGCAGGAAUAGCUUUUGAGUUGGGAAGCCGAGGCGCUGAUGUCAUAAUCGUCCACUCCUCCCCCCGAAGCGCAGACAAAGCCCAAGAAGUCGUUAAGAAGAUCACCUCCCUGCCCCACCAACCCAAAGCCGUCGCCGUCUGCGGAGACCUAAAGACCACUACCGCGCCAGCCGCCAUCGUCGCCGCCGCCAGAGAAUGGUUGAAGAGCCAGGGCAAGGAGGACAAGAUCAACAUCCUGGUUAACAACGCCGGUGUCGAGCUCGUCAGACCUCUCGGCCAGAUCACCCCCGAGGAUUUCGCUGGCGUCUACGAUGUGAAUGUCCGAGCUCCUCUCCUUAUGACCCAGGCCGUGAUGCCGUACCUUCCUGCUGCGUCGCGCGUCAUCAAUAUCUCGUCCGUGGGCUCCCGCGCUGCCUUCUCCGGGAUGUCGGUUUACUGCUCGUCGAAGGCUGCGGUGGAGGGGUUGACGCGCUGCUUUGCCACCGAGCUGGGACACAACGGAACUACGGUGAACGCUGUGCUCCCAGGUCCAGUGCAGUCAGACAUGUUGGAAAAUAUCCCGCAGGCAGUUAUCGACAUCCAGAAGAAUAACACGCCAUUGCAGCACAGACUCGGCACGGUGGAGGAAAUUGCGGCUAUUGUUGCAUGGUUGGCUGGCGAGGAUAGCAGAUGGGUUACGGGACAGUCUAUCAGCUCAAGUGGUGGAUGGGCUAUGUAUUAAGCUCAGUCGCAGAAAGGCCUGAGAAGGAAGAUACACGAGGGAGUAGUAAAGGGUAUAGACGGUAUAGAGGGAAUAGACAAUAGACAAGGAAUAGACGGAAAGGGAUGGAAUAGACAAAAUAGACGACAUAGACGACAUAGACGAAAUAAAUAGAAAUAGAC